AUGGUGCUGCAAAGAGUGGAAAAGACUUUAUUUUGCUAUUGUCAUUUUGGGGGAGAGCUAGUGGUGAAGAAAGAUAGAUCUGUUUUAUAUAAAGGUGGUUUGGUAGAUGGCUUGGUGAUUGAUCAAGACACUGCAUAUGAAACAUUUGUUGGUGAGAUAUGUGAACAACUUUGUAUAACUCCUACGGGAAAGUUAUUUCAAUACUCAGUUAAAUUUGACAAAUCAUGUCUGUUGCCCCUCAAAGACCAGAAUGGCUUGAAUAACUUGUUGUAUUUCAAUGAGGGUGCUGGAUAUGUAUAUGUGGUUGAAGCAGCAGAAGUUGCAAAUCCUGCACUUAUAAGCAACAGGUCAUCUAACAAAGAGAGCCCAUUGACGUCAGAUCAGGAUGCUGAAGUUGAGUAUGCUGAUAGAGAUCCAGUCAGGUCCUCCAACAUUGAGAGCCAAGAUCAACAUGAUGAAGCUGAGUAUGUCGAUAGAGAUUUAGCCGAGUGCUCUGACACAGAGAACCAUUUAACUUCGGAUCAGCAUGGUGGUGAGCAACAUACUAAUGUUGAUGAUAACUACAUUCAUAGAGCUCAACUAGUGUCAAUGCAGUGCUCAAUUGGUGAGAAAUCACCACUUUUGCUUAAUGAGUGGGAAAGAGAGCUAAUUGGAGGAGGUCAGCAAUUUCAAAGUCCUGCUGCUUUCUGUUUGGCUUUAUACAAGUAUUCUGUUGCAAAAUGCUUUAAAUACAAGUUUAAAAGAAAUACUUCCAAAAAAAUACUUGUAAGGUGUGUAGUUGAUGGGUGCCCAUGGAAAGUGACAGCUUAUGGCGUGAGAAACACUAACUUAAUUAGAGUAAAUACAUUGAUUGAUAAGCAUGAACACUUGGUACAAGGUCAAACCAAUUUGAAGCCUUCAUUGAAAACUAGAUUGGUUGCAGAAAUGAUUAAAGAGAAUAUGAAAGUAAGUCCAGAUCAUGUAUCUAGACAAACUUGCAUGGAUUUCCUAGGUGACCUUUUUGUACCAUUGACUUAUUUCCACUCAUCUAGAAAGGAACAUUUGAUUCAUGGAAUGACGAAUGCUGCAUACAAGUUAAUACCAUCGAUGUGCCAACAUAUAAUGGAUGUAAUGCCAGGGUCAAUUGCUACAUGGUCAUCAUCUGAAGAUAAUCAAUUCAGAGGCAUUUUAUGGUCUGUGACUGCACUAGAUGCAAAUGAUGGAAUAUAUCCAGUAGCUUAUUGGAUAGUUGCUACAGAUAAUGAUGCUGAUUGGUCAUGGUUCUUUGAGAAACUUAAGUUGAUCGUCGGUAAGCGUGAGAUUGCAAUAAUAUCGAACAGAAAUCAAGGCCUGCUAAAUAGGCUCAAUGAGGUGUUUGGUUUUGAAACUCAUUCUUACUGUUAUCGUCGCCUAAAGCAAAGUUUCAGCUCUUACUUCCAAUUGCAAUCCAAUUGGGAGCAAACUGCACUUCAACUUUUGGAUGAUAUUGCUUUUGCAAGAUUAGGAGCAGAAUAUGAAAAGGCCUUAGUUACCCAGCAUCGGUAUUGUAAGGAAAUAUAUGAGUGGGUUAUGGCCAAUCACCCAGAGCAUUGGGCUAAUGCACAAUUUAAAAGAAAGCGAUGGGACAAGUUGAAUGCUAAUGAAACAGAUGUGUUUUAUUCAUGGAUGUGGAAAGAGUGUCAAAAGCCAAUUUUAGAAUUUAUGAAAGCACAUCAAUGCAAGUUGUCGAAUUUGCUACUUGGUAGGCAAAGGGAUGUUAUGACUUGGAAAAGUCCAGUCGGCUACAAAAUUGAACAGAAAAUAAGAGAGAAUAUGUCUAAAGCACAAAGUCUAGUGGGCAGCCAAGUGUCUGAGUUUGUAUUUGAGUUUGAACUGCAAAGCUAUAAGUUUGAGGUGGACUUGUCAAGAAUGGAUUGCACAUGCCUUGAAUGGCAGAUGAUAGGCAUCCUUUGUCUACAUGCAUGUAGUGCACUUCAACAUGCAAAUCGUGAUGUGUACGAGUUUGUUGAGAAGUGGUACCAUAGAAACACUCAGCAGACUUUAUACACAGAGGUAAUGCAUGAUUUUUCAACCCAUAAUAUGCCUAUUUUAAGGGAUAAUUUGCAGCUUGAACUUCAGCCUACCGACAGCAAAGGACCAUAA